AUGGCGCGUCGCAACACUCUUGCUUUUGUCAUGGCCUGCCUGCUGGGCGCUCCUCAGCUUGCCACUUCUCACACUUGGGUUGAGCAGCUUAACCGCGUUGCUGCCAAUGGCACUCUUGUUGGCCCUGCUGGCUUCUCCAACGGUUGGACUGGUCGCGAAAAAGGAUUCUCCGACCCUCUCUUUACCAACCGCAUGCCCGAGGGUGGAUUUUCCAUGUGCAAGCAGAAUCUUCAAGGCCAGCAGAGUCCCGAUUUCCCUCAUCUCGCCGCUGCUCCUGGCGAUUUCGUCUCCCUUCGCUACCAGGAGAACGGACAUGUCACGAUCCCCAACUCCCCCCCCAACAAGCCCCUGAACCGUGGCACCAUCUUCAUCUACGGCACCACUGACCCCAAGGCCGAUGACACUCUCUUCGAUGUUCAUCGCCAGUGGACUACCGAUGGCAAGGGUGGCGAUGGACGUGGCAGACUCUUGGCUACCCGCAACUACGAUGAUGGUCAGUGUCAUCAAAUCAACGACGAGCCCAUUUCUCGGGAGCGCCAGGCUCAGUUCCCCCACCAGGCUGCCAACCCUAUGGGCAUGAACAUAUGGUGCCAGUCCGCUGUCCAGCUUCCUGAGGACCUUUCUCAGAACUCUGAAUAUACCCUCUAUUGGGUCUGGUCUUGGCCUACUCUCACGGCCUCCGCCGCCGCAAACUCCAAGGAUGGCCAGUUCGCCGACUUUCCCUCUGGCUUCAAGGGUGACAAGCGCGCCGUUACUUCUGACGAUGUUACCACCGCGGAGGUUUACACUAGCUGCUCUACUAUCAAGGUCCAAGGCGAGAAGCUUGUAAACACUGCUAAGGUGGCUUCGACCUCCAACAAGGUUUCUAGCCAGGCGGACAAUAUCUUGGCUGCUUUCUCCUUCCCUGAGAAGAUCAACUACAACGAGAAUGCAAUCAAAGAACAGCUGAAGAAUCAGUUCAUCGUCUCCGUUGAUGAUGACGCCCCUGCUGGCUCGAACCCCAACAAUGGCACUCAGAGCGGCCCCCCUUCCUCUGCCCCAACCCCCACUCCUAUUCCCACUUCUGACAAGUUUCGCACUGUCACUGUCACGGCUGCUCCCUUGACUCUCUACUCCAUGAUUACCGUCACUGUCGGCCCUCAGCCGACUCCUACUCCUUCCCAGAACCCCAACGACGGCGAGGGUGCUGCGCAGGCUUCCAUUAGUCCUACUCCCUUCUUGAAGGGCCGCCACAUUCGCGGCAAGGACACCUGGAACUUCAACCAGCGCAUUUAA